CCAGUUACUUUGCCAAGUAACUAAUUACUCUUACCUUCAGGUAACUGAGUUACUCACCCAAUUGCUUUUUGGAAGAAGUAAUUCGUAACUAAUUACUUUUUAAACGUAAGAUUAACAACACUGGUCAUAAAGAUGAAGUCUGCAGAAUGAAAAGUGGCGAAAGCGGAGAUUUCAUUCUGCCAAUUUGUUGCCGAAAACAAUUUGCCUGCAACUAUUGCUGAUCGCUUCUCAGAAUUAGCAAAAGAAAUGUUCCCUGACUCAAACAUUGCAUCAGUAUGUUAAUUUUAUCAAUUGACCUUUUUAAUUUAUAAUUGGACACACUAACGAACUACCUUCAAGUCAAACUGAAUUGCGGGCUGAAGUGCAGCCAUCAAGACAUGAUAGAAAUUGUCAAAAGUGCUACAUACAAUUAUAGCAAAAGUCACUGUUAAAUUUUAGUAAUCAUGAUGUAGCUGAAGAUAUUGAUUGCUAUUUGAUUGCAUCAGGUUAUUUGUUACAAUAUUACCAAUAAAUUCAUAUUAUUUUAAAAAUUGAAUUUUUGUUUCACAUUGCAAGCUAUAUACGACGUAAAAUGAGUCACCAAUUUGUAAGAGCAUACGUCACUAUUUGUAAGAUUGCCAAAGGCCUCGGGUUGACAGGUAUGUAUAUAGAAAUCUCAAAAUAUUUACAAAAAAAGAGAGAAAAAAAAAAAAAAAAUAGAAUAUGGAACCCUGUUAUUAUCAUUAAGCUAGAUAUUUGAAGAAAAAACGGAUUUUAAAAAAAAAAUCAUUGAUCUGUAAGAUGUGCUAUCAAGGCUUAGUUUAUUAUUAUUUUUCAAAAAUUUUGGAAUUUCACCCAAUUGAAUGACCAUUUAAGGCUGCUUCAACUUCAGAGAUUCAGAGCUUUAACUUUGACAGCACUUCUAUAUAUACUGUAUGCAUUUUGAGGUAGGAUUGUCAGGUCAGUUGCAGAUGAUGGCUAAAAGCAAUAGUGUUGGUCUUUGAUAAAGCAAACAUAAACAUAAUAAUCUAGAGCCGUUCCUCAUUCAGAAGUUAUAUUGCUAUCCCCCAUUGCCUCAUAGCCGCGGCUGUGCGUCCAGCGUCCGUCUAGACGUGCGGUAUCAUUAACCUGCCGCGACCUCUACCUCUGUCGAAUUGGCUCUCGCAUCCCCUGCAGUCUAGCCACAGAAGCUCCUCCUGUCCGCAGGGAGCUGGGGCUCCUCUGGACCGUCCAUUAGAGCCACUAGCCUCCACUGCAAGCUUUAAUAGGCCAAGUGUCCGGAGCAUCUUACAGACUGCUGAAUAAUUCAGAACGUCUGGGCAGUGUCUAGUCCCGGGGCACGGGGAUGUGAACUGGGGUGCAGGGGUUAAUAACAGGUCUGUGAGUAGCUGCUCAACCCCCACCACCUCCGACAAUGCGCCCAGCCCCUCCCAUCGUACGAAACAAUCCUAUUCAGUUGAUUAGAUUUUUCAAAAUGGAUCAAUUUUUAAUCAGCGGAGCAUCUGACUAUGGUCAAUACUAUCGUGGCUGGGAAGACAGUUGCUGGACAGCUGUCUUUAUUUGUAGGAAUGUUUGUGUGUGUUUUUUUAAAUGACACAAGAACAUAUGUAAGAAAUGGUGAGCUCAGACCAAUGAAGUCUUACAUUUUUGUCAGUGCUAUUUUACUUCAUGUAACAUCCAACAAAGCUAGUGCUUUCUUAAUGUGACAUUUAGAUGCCUCAUCAUAGUAUUGUCUCUCUAAACUAAUGAAAUAAAGCUUUCGUAUCUGCGUCCACAUCAGUAGUUAGUCACGCGCAUUGAAGGUAGGCCUGCACAAUAUAUCGUUUGAACAUCGCCAUUGCAAUGUGCGAUGUCGCACUGCAUUGCAAAAUGUGCAUUUUUUUAACAUGUUAACUUUUGUUUUACUUCAUCAAAUCAGCAAGUGUGCAUAUUUUGGAUCCCUUUUAUAUACAGCAAGCCUGGAUUAAAUGGCAUUAUAUUAAUCAGGGAUGUCCCCGAUCUGAUCACGUGAUCAGAAAUCAGGCCAAUUGUGCCAUUUUUCAAAGGAUCAGAAUCAGGUGAAAAGGAUCGAGUUUGUAAUUUAAAAAAUACGACUUCCGCGAUUUCGACUUUAUGACGCCGGAGUCUCGUCCGCCUUUUUGUCUACAGUGGUUUUUUUAGUUGUUUUUUUUUUUAAAUCGCAUAAACAGUACCUUAUUGUACCUCACAGUAUCUUAUUUUUUAAUUUACUUUAUUAAUAUGACGUGUUCUAUACAGCUUCACAGACAUCAAAUUAGGCAAUUGUGCUUUUUGAAGCUUUUUACUUCCUCCACUUUUGACAAUUUGUAAAGCCGUAACACACAUAUGUACACUUAUGUUCAAAACUGCAUGCAUUUUAACAAUAAAACACUUGACACAAAACAAUUGAUGUUCAAACAUCCAUCUAGUCUGGUCAAUAUUGAAAUUUAGUAGAUUAAGUUAGCCUAAUUUGCCUAACAAAAGUCAUCUAGCUUAAAUGCUACGAAAGCUAACAUAUUUACGAUUUUCAUAGCAAAUCGCUCACACGUAACUCCACAAACAGUAGCUGUAAACUUAGUUACAAAUUCAUUCACAAACAUAUAUUAGCGGAAACAACUAACAGCCUUAUGUGGGCCAAACCACGAAUUUUGUGACUCGGGGACCACCUGUUACAUGUUAAUUGUUUCCAAUCAGUCAGGCCUAUCCCAAACAUGGCUAUCCAAGUUUUGUGGUGAAAAUUCUUCUAGUAUUAAUAUCGCAAUAUAAUAUCGCAAUAUAUCGCAAGCCCCCCAAAAAUCGCAAUGACAGUUUUUUCCAAUAUCGUUCCGGCCUAGCUGAAUGUAAUGGUGAUAUUUAGGCUAUACACAAUCUGAAUUUUUGGGGCUGAUCACCGAUCAGAGAGUUUGAUUUUCUUCCCUGCUGUGCUUCUUGAAUUCGUCGUGCUCUUACCCAGAGCAUAUCCCAACCAAACAAGAUUGUGUCGGACAUAAUAUCUUAAUUUGUGGAUCCCUAUCGGCACCUCUCUGGAACAUUCUGCAUAUUUUAUCACAAGCAUUCUGAUUUUGUCAACAUUUAUGUCUCAGUCAAAACAAGCAGGCGCCACCGACCAACAGUUUUCGGUUUUGAAUAGUUUGAAGUUGGAAAUUUUCAACAUUUUAUUCAACAUGUCUUGUUAUGUAGUGACAGUAUUGUUUGCAGACAGACACAUUACAAGAAAUUUCACUUUUAUGGCCCUUUAGCAGAGCAUUAAAACAAAAAUAAUGUAUUUUUGAGGAUAUUUCAUAAAAUUGUUGCGCACCCAAAAUGCAUAGUGCUGAUGUAAUUAAUGUUUAUGUACUAGUCUGUAAACCAUUAACCUUAGAAACUCUACUCCAUUUAUGUAUUUUAUGUCUAGACAGAUAUGAAAUGGCCAUUGAAACUUGGUCACUUGCUGCUGUAAUUAUCACACCUUUCCAGUGAGACUUAAAUUCAAAUUGCACUGUAGCACCGAACACUUGGAUGUUUUUUUUUUUUUUUUUUUUUUUUUUAUGACUACAUCUAUGUAACUACAGUAUAGCUUGGCAAAGUUUUCAAAUGGCACCUCUUAGGAAAGCCAUACCCCUUAAUUACUGGUCAUCCAUAUGCCACCUUUAUAUGCAGUAUAUAUACAUAUAUAAAUAAAACUGUCCUUUUAAGCAAUAAUAUGUUUUAGUAAGCAAGGUCAAAUAAUCCAACAUGGUGUAAAAUCAAUACUGUUCUGUCCUGAUGGGAGUAAAUCAUUUAUCAAAGUCAAAAGGAUAGAUCAAUAAUAUCACAACACAUAGCACAAACACAUUGCGUAAAAUGAAAAAGCCAUCCUAUUUAAAAUGAUUACUUUGUCACCCACAUAUCUAAACCCACCCCAAAAAAUAUUAUUGAGGAGAGUGAAAAUGCAAACUAGGUUGGGCUUUUGUUGAUCUUCUAUACAUCAGCAUUGUGAUGUAAGAGGAAAAAAAAUACCGGCAUUAAAAGCUGAAUAGACUUUGUUGGGAGUUCGAGACAAAAGAAACUCAGUGUGUCUUAAAUAAAUCAAGGACCGUAAAUAUAGUAAAUGUAAUUUGCAUUCGAGGUACCUUUUGGCUUAACCGUGUCUGAUUGGUGCUCAUGAGUUGAAUGCCCACAGCUGCCGAUUUUCUCUUGAAACACACCACAAUCCAAAAACGUAUUUUGGCAUACUUAACCAAGAUCGCAGAGUUUUAGAAAAUAUACUGAUUAGACAUGUGCUGAUUACCAGUUUAGUGGUAUAGAGUUAUAUGAAAACGUCACGGUUUCAAAACCGCAAAAAUUUUCCGUCAUACCGUCCCACGGUAUUAGCUAUUUUUUAUGUCCCAAAAAUGCAGGGAGAAAUCCUUUGCUUUCAGGUGCAAGGCUCAACCCUCCCCCACCGGUUGUUGCUCAGUGUCAGUGAGUCAGCUGUGCUACACGGUGGCUGGAGGAGGUAAAACUACUGAACUUUUUCCCCCAUUGAAGAAAAAGAAAUCGUCGGAAUGGGAAUACUUUGGCUACAAAAAAGUUAAAGACGGCCACGGCUUAGAGGAGGAUGGCCAACCGACAUACGAAUAUGAAUACGUCCAAUAUGAUUUCGCAUUUAUACAAGAUUAAAGGUUAGUAAACACUGUCAUGAACGUUUCCCACUAGUUAUGAGACUUAACUCCAGCAUGUUUAGUGUGUCUAGCGGAGGUAAAACGUGGUGUUUUUAUUCUCUUAGGCAAAUGUCUGUGUUGGGAAAGAGUAUGUGUAUAAUGUAAACAUGAUAUGAGUCAUACACAUGUGCUUUUUAUGGAAAAUAAUUAUUUUUGUUCUGAUAGUAAUAAUGUUGAGAUGUGGCUGUGUGUUUAGGCUCACCUAAAUGUCUGCAUUUAUUUUAAUUUGAUUUAGAAUAUUUUAGUUUUUAUUUUUUAAUUUUAACUUAACAUAUGUUCCAAUUUGCUAAUGUUUUGAAAAAAAAAAUCCUGUUGAAAGGAAAAAAGUUUUUUUUUAACCUAGAUAGGUCAAAGUAACACAUUUUAGAGUUGCAAUUGAAAUACCGUGAUACCUUAAAACCGUGAUAUUAUCAUACCGUCAGAAUCUCAUACUGGUACAUGCCUAGUAAUGAUAUGUUAUCAUGAUUCACUGUAAUUUAAUGCCUUUUGAUAGAGACAGAACAUGGGUGUCAAACUUAUUUCUGUUGCGGGCCACAUCGUAGUUUUCGUUUCUCUCGGAGGGCAAUCAUGACUGCGAACCAGUAUGACCGUGUCAUAGUUGCACGUGCAACAAAUUGAAUGAUAACUUUUGAAGUAAGAAGUCAGUAAAAACUCCAACUAUUAUUUCAUUUAUUUGUGAAACGGGUCACUGAUAACAUCAAAUGCUCGCGAUGUCACUAGAGGCGUGCGAAAUUUCCGAUUCUUAGAUUAUUCGCGAUUCGGCCGUGGAAGUUUCGAGAACGAUUCACAAACAUCCAAAUUCAGAUUAUUGAAUGAUACAAAGUAAAGCGGACAUAAAACACAGUCAGUGCGGUCUACGGGACGCAAUGAGGAACAGACCGAGAGUAAAUAUCAUGUUCAACUCAUGCCGCUAGAUCAAAAAAACAAUAAUACCUGGCUGCGUCCGACAGCCGCUACAAACAGCGCCCAGUUGCUAGUUGCUUCAAACAUACGGCUAUGGUAGAUAUCAAAUAUAUCUAGAACUAGAUGCGAAAUUACAGAAGAAGGCUGCGUUAGAACAUGUACAAAAAAACUAGAUGCGAAAUGACAGACUUGCCGGCGCUAGUAAACAGCCGCCAUCUUAAAGCAGUAGACUUCUCUAGAAGGCUCUGUUGUAUCGAACCUAAAUAAUUUUUAUCUAAACUACCCCUAAAUCGGCAAAAUCUUGACUUGAAUCAGUCUAAAUGAUGAAACACUUUUAAAACUUUGACAUGUCGAAAGUAGACAGAAGGGAAAUUAUGGAAUAACUAGAGCAGUUUUAACAACUUUAACUGUUGAUUCACAACAUUAAAUUAAUUGAAUGUAGUUUAAAGUUGCUGAUACAGAAUGGGGACUUGAGUAUUUUAUUUACUGUUAACUUGAUACUGAAAUAUUAGUUUGCUUUAGCCUGAGAGGAGUUUUGAACAAUUUUAGAACUACCGUAUUGGCCCGAAUAUGAGACUGUGUUUUUUAGAUUGAAAUAAUACUGAAAAAGAGGGGGUCGUCUUAUAUUCACGGUCUAAACAUUAUACCCAUUCACAACGCUAGAUGGCGCCAGAUGUCAUUGAAGCGAUGUUCUGUCAUGGAAGAUCUCAGCUACUCUCAAGUUUAACUAGUUUGUUAGCUAACUAGUUUAUUUUAUUGCAUUUUUUUUUUCCUUAUACAGAUUUGUUUCAAGACUACAGUUACAGUUAGACUUCACUUUGAUGGUUAAUGCCGUUAUUGCAAUUUUGUUGUUUUAUCACAAUAGAUUGGUUUAUUUACAUUUCAAAAACCAGAAGCCAUUCAUUUACGAAUGUGAUUGCACUUUAGUUUACAUAUUUAAAUGUUCAGGUAUUAAGAUUUGAAUGAAGCAAAAUAAAAUGCUUUUUCUCUCAAAUAUAUUGUUAGAAUCAUUUGUUUCGGAUGUACUGUAAUUAUUUUCUGUAUAAAAAUUAAUUUGGUGUUCAAAAAGUCUUUUUUUUUUUCCAAACUUGAGCCUUGAAAAAGAGGGGGUCGUCUUAUAAUCAGGAUCGUCUUAUAUUCGGGUCAAUACAGUAAUGUACAAAACAUUAAAAGCGAAUAUAAUCAAAUCGGAGCCUCUUAAUCGUAAUCGUAAUCGAAUCGCUAGGUGCCCAAAGAUUCCCACUUCUAGAUGUGACAUUUAAAAACUAGGGCUGUCAAACGAUUAAAAUUUUUAAUAGAGUUAAUUACAGCUUGAAAAUUAAUCAUAAUUAAUCGCAAUUCAAACCAUCUAUAAAAUAUGCCAUAUUUUCCUCUAAAUUAUUGUUGAAAUGGAAAGAUAAGACACAAGAUGGAUAUAUACUUUCAACAUACGAUACAUACUGUAAGUACUGAAUUUAUUAUAACAAUAAAUCAACAAGAUGGCAUUAACAUUAUUAACAUUCUGUUAAAGCGAUCCAUGGAUAGAAAGACUUGUAGUUCCUAAAAGAUAAAUGUUAGUACAAGUUAUAAAAAAUUUUGUAUUUAAACCCCUCUUAAUGUUUUCGUUUUAAUAAAAUUUGUAAAAUUUUCAAUCAAAAAAUAAACUCGUAGCCCGCCAUUGUUGAUGUCAAUAAUUACACAAUGCUCAUGGGUGCUGAAGCCCAUAAAAUCAGUCGCACCCAAGUGCCAGCAGAGGGCGACAAAACUAAAAAAAAAAAAACACAAGUAACAACCGCCCGUUAACGUGAUAAUUUUGACAGCCCUAUUAAAAACAUUAAGACAAUAUUCAAUUUUGGCAUUUUAGCAACAAACAUGAAGUCGAUGCACAUAAUUCACUUUUCAUGCGCAACAAAUUAUGAUUUGGUAGGCAUGAUCUGGCCCCUGGGCCUUGAGUUUGACACCAGCGUAUUAGGACAUUUAAUUGCAGUCUUCUACAAUGUCACAAUUCUAGAUUUCCCUGCUAGUUUCAAGAAAUACUUUGCAGUUUUUGCACUGAAAUAAAUUGUAACAUCGCAGAUAUACUUGUAUGUAGAGCAGCUGUGUCUAAUUUUAAGUUAAAAAAAUUGUCUACUAGAUGGAUUUGCGUUGGAAGUGCAAGAGCAAUAGCGUCACUGCCGUUGUGUCGCUGCUCUCUUGCCCUCUAACCAUGUGUGCCCCGGUUGUCUGUUUAAUAUGCAAAGGCGGUCAUUCAGGGAGUCAUUCCGGACCAGUGUAAACGAAUCGGCUGCAAUGAUUAGCUGGGCUGCUGAGGAAGUGUCUAUCAUUUUGUUAGUACAUUUGGAGAAGAUCCGCCCCUCCGAGCCCCCACGGCCCAAGUCAUCAUGUUGCUCACUUUGUGUUGAGGACUGCCUCUGAAAAGCACCCAAACAACAACCGGAGUAAAUACACUAGGGAGCUCAACUCUGUAGCGUCUGAGCUGGCGGGUCGACAAGAGGAGAGUGAACAUUCUCAUAAGCAUCUGCUAGAACUGAGCAGGGAGUUCAGGAGAAAUGUACCAGAGGAGGUCCGGGAGAUGGUGGCACCAGUUCUCAAGAGUUUCCAAGCCCAGGUGGUCGCUCUGAACAAGCGCAGUAAGGAGGCUGAGUCUGCAUUCCUAGGAAUCUACAAACAGCUUAUUGAAGCCCCAGAUCCGGCUCCUGUACUGGAGGCCUCGCACACGCUGGAGGAGAGGCUGCAGGAGCUUCAGACUAAAGUCCCAGAUAGUGAGGCCUUGGCACGCGAGAUCAGCGGGCACGGCAAGAAACGCCUGGAGUGCAUUGAAAAGACAGGACCCACAAACAACGGCUUCGCGGACACAGCAAAAGCUGGAGACCCCUGUGAAUCGAGCUCUCCAGCCCCUGAUAUGACCCCCAAUAGCACGCCAACUCCUGGAGCCCCAGGCUCUCCGCAGGAGAUCUACCAGGACCAAACUGAGGGACAAGGGGAGGAGGAAAAUGUUGGGGUUAGUUUGGCUGACAAACUGUCAGAGGCUGAGGAGAAAAUCAAGAUUUUGCAUUCAUCUUUGGAUACUUCACAGACAGAGCUUCUCGACCUGCGGUGUAAAUAUAGCCAAGAAAUGACAAACAAGGUAGAAGAAGUCAGCAUCAUUAUGGCCAAACUUGAGAAGGCAAACCAGAGAGCAGAAAUGGCCCAGAAAGAAGUGCAGAGGCUAAAGGAGCAGAUAGUCAGUGGGCCGAGUGCCUCUGCAGGGGGCUGUCAACUCAUAGAGGGCACCCCUGGCACCGGCAAGGAGAACAACGAGAGCGGCGAGGCUGUGCCCUCCAAACUCGAGGCCACUCUGCUCGCAAAAGACCGUGAAAUCAUCCGCCUUCUUGAAAAUAUUCAGCGGCUUCAGUUCACGCUACAGGAGGUGCAAGAUACCUCAGCCAAUCAGAUCAUAGAGCUGGAACGACAGUUGGCCUACAAGACAGAAGCUAUUGAGAGAUUAGAAGCAAAACUGAAAUCCCAAAUGGAUUAUGAAGAGAUUAAAACUGAACUCAGCAUCUUAAAGGUAAUGAAGCUAGCCUCUGUGAAUGGCAGCUCUUCCCAGGAUUCUGUAAAGGCCACAGAGGCGCUUCUGCUAGAUAAAGAGGCAUUUCUUCCAUCUCACAAGUACUUGAUGGAAAAGGCCAGGAUAUUGCACAGUACUGAUGAUGACCAGUCAGAGGAAGGAGGUAGAGAAACAGGCAGGCCUCCUGGCUCACACUCAUCAUCCUCUCAGGUGGACACUGGUCACACCUCUCCCAGCCCUUGUCGUCCCACGUUAGAUGGCUCGUCCUCCAGCCACGAUCUUACCCGGCCCUUCUCAGUGUCGCCGUGUUCUGGUGACCGACUAUCAGGGGACCACUUACUCCACAAGCAUCUUCUCUCCCCCCAUUUUAAAAAGGAGGGCCAUAUGGCUUUUCCCACUGCACUCUACGCGGCCAAGGUGGCCCUCAUGUCAGCCACUCAAGGUUCCGGAGGCAGUGACACAGGCUUACCCAGUGACCAAUCCGAAAGCGGAGGCUCAACCGCAGGGGAUGACGACCAAGUCGACACGGCGGAGAUUGCCUUUCAGGUGAAGGAGCAGCUGCUGAAACAUAACAUCGGCCAGCGCGUGUUUGGCCACUAUGUGUUGGGCCUCUCCCAGGGCUCAGUCAGUGAGAUCCUGGCCAGGCCCAAACCCUGGAGGAAGUUGACUGUGAAAGGCAAAGAGCCUUUCAUUAAAAUGAAGCAAUUUCUCUCUGAUGAGCAAAACAUCCUGGCACUUAGGACUAUCCAGGUCCGUCAAAGAGGGAGCAUCACUCCACGCAUCCGAACUCCAGAAACUGGGUCAGACGAUGCCAUUAGGAAUAUCCUGGAGCAGGCCAAGAAGGAGAUUCAGUCCCAGAGGGGAGGGGACUGCAAGACUCCCGUGCACACCAGCUUGGGCAGAACCAGUAACGGGGCAAGCAACAGCUCUGACGAAACCAUUAAAAAUAUUCUACAACAAGCCAGGAGGGAGAUGGAAUCCCAGCAACAGGUCUUGAUGGAUAUGGAAGGCUGCGGAAGAGCUUCAGCAGUUGGCACAGGAGCCCAAGUGGAACUUCUGGGGCCCCACGAUCGUUCUAGAGGCCUACCUUUGCCCAUCUCCAUUAAACAAGAGGAGGGUGGCUGUGUUACUGUUUGCAUGGCCAAUGCCAUCAGCAGCCCCCAGACACCCCUCAGUGUCCUCUCUCCAGCGGCCUUCGUACAGAAUAUCAUUCGUAAAGUCAAAUCAGAGAUCGGCGAGGUCGGCACUUAUUUCGACCAGCAUUGGUCUCAGGAGCGCGGCUCGAUGGGGCUCAGCGGCAUGGGAAGCUCCCAGCCCUUUAAUUCUAUUUCCCCCGCUGUGUCUUCUUCUUCCUCGGGUCCCUCCGCAUUGAACCGGCCCUGGCCGCGCCUGGAGAAUGGCGAAUGUCUCAGCGAAGAAGCCUCCGCCGCUGAAGAAGAGCUGGGACCCGGUCGACCCAUGGAGGUGAAGGUGGAGUCGGACACCUCGAUCAGUGGCGAGUCCCCGGGCCCGAGCCCUGGCCGCCUUUCUUACUAUCCGCCGUACGUUCCGCGGGCUCUCAAGCCCACCGUCCCGCCGCUGACUCCCGAGCAGUACGAGUUGUACAUGUACCGAGAGGUGGAUACCAUUGAGUUGACCAGGCAAGUGAAGGAAAAGCUGGCAAAAAAUGGCAUCUGCCAGAGGAUCUUUGGUGAAAAAGUACUUGGACUUUCUCAGGGUAGCGUAAGUGACAUGCUUUCACGGCCCAAACCCUGGAGCAAGCUGACCCAGAAAGGCAGGGAACCCUUCAUCCGCAUGCAGCUCUGGUUACUUGAUCAACUAGGCCAGACCCUCAAUCAGGCCCCGCACCAGGAUAAAAGUCCAGUUACGACACAGUCUUCACCUUCCCCACCCCUGAGUCCGGCAGGGGGUCAGCCGAGUCCACUCGUUGAGCCGGUGAGCCUCUCCCUGGAGAGCAGUAAGGAGAAUCAGCAGCCUGAGAACCUGGUCUUGGGCCUACCUCCCCAGCCCGAGGGAGGGAAGUCAACAGCCAAUCUUAUAGCUCUACAUCACCCCACUAACCCACUUGGCAUCCAGGAGCUGGUAGCCAUGUCUUCUGAGCUUGACACCUAUGCCAUUACUAAAAAAGUCAAAGAGGUGUUGACAGACAAUAAUCUAGGACAGCGUCUUUUUGGAGAGACCAUUUUGGGUCUGACUCAAGGCUCUGUGUCGGACUUGCUGUCACGGCCUAAACCCUGGCACAAACUUAGCCUCAAAGGCAGGGAACCAUUUGUGCGCAUGCAGUUGUGGCUCAAUGAUCCUCACAAUGUUGAAAAGUUGAGGGCUAUGAAAAAGAUGGAAAAGAAAGCUUACCUGAAGCGACGUUACGGGUUACUGAGCACAGGCUCAGACAGUGACUCGCCCAGCACUCGCUCAGAGUGUGUGAGUCCAGCCUUAGCCUCGCUGGACCUGUGCUCAUACGGUCAGGUGAAGAAGCCUCGAGUGGUGCUUGGAGCGGAGGAGAAAGAAGCCCUGAGGAAGGUCUACCUCUUGGAGCCGUAUCCCUCUCAGAAUACCAUUGAGAUGCUAGCAGCCCAGCUCCACCUCAAAACCAACACGGUUAUCAACUGGUUCCACAAUUACAGGUCCAGGAUGCGACGCGAAGUGCUGAUGGAGGGUCUGCCCGACAACGACACGGACGCCGAGCACCACAGCUACUCGCCUUCACUGACGAGGAGCCCCCACUCUGACGGGGAAGAGAGGAGGUCGCAGCAACCCUCAGGACACAACCGCUCCAGCCUUCCCCCCAGCAACAUUGCACUUCCUUAUGUCAAACAAGAGGAAGCGGACGGAGAAAACGUAGGGGAAGUAGGGGCGGAGGACUCGUCGAGACAAACGAGCGCUCAGUGUUUUUCCACUACAGUGCAAUUUCCCCAGUUUAAAAGCGAGCGGGAGGACCCCGGCGUCGACUGUCGUGAGCCCCUCUCAACUGGCCAGGAAGAGGAGAUAAGCAGUCAGCUUGCUGUGUACAAUAGCAGCACCUCAAUAGACACCCCCCAGAGAGUGAAUCAAUCCAGGCACGAGGGGGAAGACUCCAGAAAGUCACCCGUCGACCCGCUCAGCUUCAAGGCCUCGUCGGAAGCCUGCCGCAGCAGUUUGGAGAUCGCCCUCAACUCUCCUUCUGCUGCAUCCUCCCCUGGUCUCAUGAUGUCAGUCUCUCCCGUGCCCUCUUCCUCUGCUCCCAUAUCCCCCUCGCUGCCGAACCCGCCCUCAACGAGCACCAAUCACAGCCUGGACCCGAAUGCGCCCCCUCCUUUCCAAAGCCCUAAGCUCAAUAGAAGCACUCAGAGACGCAAUGAGAAAAUGGCAAACCUCAAUAAUAUCAUUCACAGGUUAGAGAGAGCCGCCAAUCGUGAAGAAACACUAGAAUGGGAAUUUUAAGUCCCCGUCGACUUGUUUGUAGUGCUGUCGGGCUUCUGAGAAAAGCUUCCUGAAAGGCUUGCCCUCCCAAGCUGAAAACUUGAUAAAAAUGGGAACUCGAAGCAAACAUGACGCUCGCCAUCCCACAAGAACUUCAAGUCGGGGAUUAAAAGUUUAUAAAUGUGUGUUUGUUUCCUUCUUUUUUAUUAUGUAUGACUUUGAGCUACUGUAUGUAUGACAGCAAGCUGUCCUUUUAUCUACUGGACUUGACAAGGAGACUUUCGCAGCUAUGGUGUCAUAAAGAUGUACACUGAAAUCCUGUAGAUUGCCACUGGGUGAGAUUAAAAAGACCCCUGUCUUAAAGCCAUUAAAAGCACUAUAACUAUUUGAAAGGGACGUUGACCAAAUUUGCUACUUUUUGAAUAGCAAUUUUUCAGAUUUUGUCUUUGAGACUGGACUGAUAAGUCAAGUAACAUGUAAUCCUUUCACCGACUGAGAAAUAGUCCCUUAAGACUCUAAAUAUUCAACACCUUGUAACGAAUUCUUUGGUGAUAUGUUUUAAACUAUUUGUAACUCACGUAUAAAAUGUGGUUGUACAUGUUGUAGAAUUGUCUGCAAUAGCCUUCUGGAAACCUGAUGUAGCAUGGUACUCACUUGACCCUGUUAUCCUCUGUAGUUAGUCUCCCGUGCUAAUACUUGAGUGAAAACGAGACAAAAAAUGUUGAAAACCUCACAAAAAAAGGAAGUGACAAAUAUAAUAAGUGGAGUACUUUUGACAAGUUUCUUUUCCUCUUUCCUUAAACUAAUAAUGAGAGUUGCUGUUGAGGACCUUGUGCUUAGGGUAGUCAGUAUAACAUACUACAUGCAAGCACAGUUUACACAGUUCCUUCAUUCUCAGAUGGAGGGUGACCAGGACACACGAGACAAGUUAGACAACUCAUGCCAAUGACAGCGAUAGAAGUGGCAAUGAAAUAGUUAUUUCUUAUGUGGGAUACAGUGGGGCAAAUAAGUAUUUAGUCAACCACUAAUUGUGCAAGU